AUGGGCGUAUCCCGCGCGAACACUUCUCCCUCAGCCUCGGCGGACCGCCAAGGCGACAUUGACACGCGUGCCAUCGAUAGAUACCAAAUCCGUCUCACAGUGACAGGCUCCAGCUGUGACAAAUACCCUGCCAAGCAACAUGCUCGCAAGGUCGCAGCACAGCUGGGGGCCACCCACGGCCUCAUCUACCUCGUAGGACAGCCAACCAUCCUCCUCGAUGAUUCUGAUCAAGCCAUUGCUUUCCGUCAGCGACGGUAUUUCUACUAUCUCACUGGCGUCGACGAACCGGACUGCCAUGUGACCUACGACAUUAAGAACGAUCUCUUGACCUUAUACGUCCCGGACUUUGAUCUGCGCCAAGCGAUAUGGAUGGGUCCAACUCUCACCGUGGAGGAGGCCCUGGAGAGAUACGAUAUCGAUCGUGCGAAAUACCGCUCCUCGCUGUCGGGGGAUAUUGAAACCUGGGUUCGCAAGUACAACGCAGAUGCUCCUAUCUACAUUCUCCAUGAUUACCAGCGACCUGAAUCCGCUGGCCAGGCGCUCCGGCUAGACUCGAAGCACUUGCAGCCGGCUAUGGACACGUGCCGGGGCGUCAAGGAUCAGCACGAGAUUGAAUUGAUACGGCGUGCGAACAUUAUAUCUGGAUUGGCCCACAAGAGCAUCUUGCAAAAUAUUGGCAAGAUGACCAAUGAAGCCGAGAUCGAGGGUCUCUUCCUCAACACCUGCAUCUCCCAUGGGGCCAAAAAUCAGGCAUAUAACAUCAUUGCUGCCUCGGGGGAGAAUGCCGCCACACUGCAUUACGGGAAAAACAACGAGCCGUUUGGAGAGAGACAGUUGGUGUGUCUGGAUGCCGGGGCUGAGUAUAAGUGCUACGCGUCCGACGUAACGCGCACUUUCCCUCUCAACUCCAAGGGUGAAUGGCCUAGCGCAGAAGCCCGUAACAUCUACCACGCCGUCGAACGGAUGCAGGAAGAGUGCAUUCGACGGAUAAGAAAGGGAGUCCGGUUUCUGGAUCUCCAUGUUCUCGCCCAUGUCAUCGCUAUCGAAGAGUUGCUGAAAUUGGGCAUCCUCAAGGGAGGAACGGUGGACGAAAUCCGCGAGUCCGGGGCGUCGACGGUGUUCUUUCCUCAUGGGCUCGGCCAUCACGUAGGUCUUGAAGUGCACGACGUUUCGGGCAAGUCAAUCAUGGCGUUGGACGACGAAGAUGCAGGAGUAUAUUAUCGCUCCGUGUUGAUUCCGGACACGUGUCGUUCUCCGUGCACGCUGUCAGCUCCAGCUUUGGAAGAGAACAUGGUUGUAACCGUCGAGCCAGGAAUAUACUUUUCCCGUCUCGCCAUCGACAAUGCGCGAAAGCUGCCCCUGUCUAAGUUCAUCGACUUUGAUGUUGCAGAGAAGUAUAUACCCGUGGGGGGCGUGCGGAUCGAGGAUGAUAUCCUGGUCACGGCGGACGGAUAUGAGAACUUGACAACCGCCCCGAAGGGAGAUAAGGCGCUCGAGAUUAUUCGAAACGGGAAGUAG